AUGGAGCAGGUGGAGCAGUCCGGAUCGGAGAGUCCCCAGCCCUCAUCCGUACGCUCGGACACGUCUGCUGCUCCCACGGAGGAAGGAAGCAGUGGGACGAGCACUCGCAGGAAGCGCAGGAAGAGGGAGCCUCGGCCGGAGUCCAUUAUCGUGUAUCGCUCGGACAACGAGAGGGUCGACGGGGAGGAGCGGAGCGGAGAUGUGGAGGUCAUCGAGAGGAGCUCUGAGGAAGGAGCCAAAUUUCUCAGCACCCCGACGUCUGAAGGCGGAUGGAACCUUCCUCCAGACAGCCGCUACGUCACUCUGACCGGCACCAUCACGCGUGGCAAGAAGAAAGGUCAGAUAGUGGACAUACACGUCACGCUGACCGAGAAGGAGCUGCGGGAGAUGGCCAAGUCCAAGGAGCGCCUGGAUGCGGAGUGCGAGGCGGCGGGAGGAAUGAAGCGCUCGUGUGGUUUCGGCCUGGGCGAGGGUCCUCACGUGGUCCUGUGGAGCCUUUCCUGCGCUCCCGUCAUCUUCCUGCUAUCCUUCAUCACCUCGUUUUACUACGGCACUCUCACCUGGUACAACGUCUUCCUGGUUUAUAACGAGGAGCGGACGUUCUGGCACAAGAUCACCAUCUGCCCCUUUCUCAUCAUCUUCUACCCGGUGAUCAUCAUGGCCAUGGCGCUGUCCCUGGCGCUGUACUCGGCGGUGGUGCAGGUCUCCUGGGUGUUCAGUGAGUGGUGGUUCUCUGUGAAGGACCUGGAGAAAGGGUUCUGUGGCUGGGCCUGUGGGAAGCUGGGCCUGGAGGACUGCUCUCCCUAUAGUAUUGUGGAGUUACUGGACUCGGACACCCUCACCGGGAGUCUGCAGAGGACAGCGCCGGGUGAGAGCGUGCAGACUUCCUCUGUGUGAGAGCUGGAGUCACCAAAAUAGCCUACUGAAAGAUACCCAGAUGACGUACUAGACCAGAUCUUCUUGGGGUGCUGCAUCCCAUCAUGCAA